AGAAAGAUCUGUCCAAACCUGCAAAAUCCGAUCCAAAUCAGAUUUCACUUUUCUCACAACUUCGCAAUCUCAUCCUCGGCCCAUUCCCGCUUCUCCGUUUCGUCCAUCACACAACUCACGCCCGACAAACAAAUACAUUUACGAUAUUUACCUGAAAAUAAAAAAUAAAACAGGAAAUAAAAGACAAAUUCCAAUUCCAAUAACAACGUUACGUGCUCACGUAAGGCAACCCAAUCCCGUCCUGUUGCCGUCCUUAACUUCCCCUAAUCCUGAUCGUAACUUCACGCGCCAUUUCCCUUAUCCCGGCGACUUCAUUUCCUUAUGUCAUCAUCUCCGUACACUCAACAUCUCCUACUCAUGCGGUUCACGCGCUUUUCCAGUCGCCAACCGGCGCUUCUUCUUUUUACCCUUCCCUCUUUCUCCCCUUUUCCUCCUUAUUCUCUUCUUCUUGUUGAUUUUUCCAAUCAAUGGGUGAAAUUACUGCAUCCUCCACACAGGUAACGGCGCCGUCAAGGCCAUUGCCGUUUCGUGAGGAUUGUUGGACUGAAGAAGCUACCUGGACGCUUGUUGAUGCUUGGGGACGUCGUUAUAUCGAACUGAAUCGUGGAUUUCUCCGUCAAACAGAUUGGCAACAAGUAGCGGAUUCCGUAAAUGCUCUUCACGGACACACCGCGAAAACUCGGCGAACCGAUAUUCAGUGUAAGAAUCGGAUUGAUACGCUGAAAAAAAGGUAUAAAGUUGAGAAGGCAAAAAUCGUUGAGUCUAACGGAACCCUAACAUCAUCCUGGCCCUUUUUCGAACGGCUUGAUUUUUUAAUCGGGAAUUCCGGUAACAAAGUUACCACGGUGAUGGUGUCUCCGUUACCUUUACCGUCACGGUCUCCGCCUAUGGGAGUGCCGUUGCCUAGCCGGCGAUCGACGACGACAACAGCGGCUGCUCCGGUGGUGACACCGGUUGUUUUGCCUCAGAAACGGCAGAUGCCGGUUUUGGAUGAUUCGUAUUUCAGGAGGAAUUAUUCGGCGGUAGCUGCUGCUGCUGCGGCAGAAGGAGGGGAAGAGGAUUACGAUGAUGAUGAUGAGGAGGAUAUGGGGAUGAGUGAGGAAAAGGAUGGGAUGAGGAGGCUGGCGAAGGCUAUAGAGAGAUUUGGAGAGAUAUAUGAGAGAGUUGAAGAGAUGAAACAAAGACAAAUGGUGGAGUUGGAGAAGCAGAGGAUGCAGUUUGCUAAGGAUUUGGAGGUUCAAAGGAUGCAAUUGUUUAUGGAUACACAAGUCCAGCUACAGAAGAUUAAGUAUACAAAGCGGUCUGGCUCUGAUGAUAUCUAUAGCUAGCUCUGUGGCAAAAGAGCACUUAAAAAGAAGCGGGAUUGCGAAACUAUGAUGAGGCAAUCCAGGCAGUACUCCUUAUUUUAUCUCCAAAUUCAUGUCUAAUGAUGACCUAAUAUAACUGAUUACUAUCACUUUUUUGAGCAGGAACAGUUGGUACCUGUAGUUAAUUUUCCUUUUAUUUAGCGGAUUUAAACAUUAAAGUAUAGUGUUAGUCCCUGUGUAGAAAAUUUUGUUUAUUGAAAUGAAGGUACCUUUUCAACAUUU